AUGGACCUCGUCCAGAAAUACGGCCACCUCAAGCGCGACCGCCGCAAGAGCUCCGCGCAGCGCGAACUGGCCGAGGCGGAGAGGCACCAGGAUCAGCAGCGAAUCAACGAGCUGUUAGGCAGUUUCGGGGGCGCGGCGAACGAUCACCCGGAUCGGCGAUCGAGCGGGGCGGGGAAUAUGGCGAAUAUGAUUCAGGAGUUUAAUGCGCGACGAAACUCGGAGUCGAUGGGCGAGGGUCAGCUUGGGAAGGAGGGGACGGAGCAUGCUGUGGAGUGA